GAGAAGAAACAUGGCUGUCGAAAUUGAGUCCACAGAUGUAGUUCGUCUGAUUGAACAAUACCUGAAAGAAAACAAUUUAUUGAAGACAUUGUCUGUGUUACAGGAAGAGAGUGGUAUAUCUUUAAAUACAGUAGAUUCUGUUGAUGGUUUUAUAUCAGAUAUUAAUAAUGGACAUUGGGAUACAGUAUUACAAGCUAUACAGACAUUGAAAUUACCUGAUAAUAAACUCAUAGAUUUAUAUGAACAGAUUGUUUUAGAGUUGAUAGAAUUAAGAGAAUUAGGGGCUGCCAGGUCCUUAUUAAGACAAACAGAUCCUAUGUUAAUGAUGAAACACAAUCAACCUGAUAGAUAUAUACAUUUAGAAAAUAUGUUAGCUAGAUCUUAUUUUGAUCCUAGAGAGGCUUACCCAGAAGGUCAAACGAAAGAAAAGCGUAGAACAGCUAUAUCACAAGCUUUAGCUGGUGAAGUUAAUGUGGUACCACCAUCUCGUAUGUUAGCUCUAUUAGGUCAAUCAUUAAAAUGGCAACAACAUCAAGGAUUAUUACCACCUGGUACCACUAUUGAUGUAUUUCGUGGUAAAGCUGCUGUUAAGGAACAAGAUGAAGAGAAGUACCCUACACAACUUAGUAAAACUAUUAAGUUUGGUCAAAAAGCUCAUGUUGAAUGUGCUAGAUUCUCUCCAGAUGGACAAUAUCUAGUAACAGGGUCUGUUGAUGGUUUUAUUGAGGUGUGGAAUUUUACUACUGGUAAAAUCAGAAAAGAUUUACGUUACCAGGCACAGGAUAAUUUCAUGAUGAUGGAUGAUGCUGUAUUAUGUAUGAGUUUUAGUCGAGAUUCAGAAAUGUUAGCUACAGGUUCACAAGAUGGUAAAAUAAAGGUAUGGAAGAUAUUAACUGGUCAAUGUUUGAGGAAGUUUGAAAAAGCUCACAGUAAAGGUGUUACAUCAUUAUAUUUUGCUAAAGAUAACAGUCAAUUACUCAGUGCUUCAUUUGAUCAGACCAUCAGAAUGAAUGGUUUAAAGUCUGGUAAAACAUUAAAAGAGUUUCGAGGUCAUUCUUCGUUUGUUAAUGAUGCUGUAUUUACACCAGAUGGUCACCAUAUUAUAAGUGCUAGUUCAGAUGGUACUAUUAAAGUAUGGAAUAUCAAGUCUACUGAAUGUCAGAGUACCUUUAAGUCAUUGGGUGGUACAGCUGGUACCGAUAUAACGGUACAUAGUAUACAUCCGUUACUCAGAAAUGCUGAACAAUUUGUAGUAUGUAACAGAUCUAAUACUGUGGUUUUAAUGAAUAUUCAGGGCCAGAUUGUGAGAAGUUUCUCCAGUGGUAAACGUGAAGGUGGUGAUUUUGUAUGUGCUACAGUAUCACCACGUGGUGAAUGGAUUUAUUGUGUUGGUGAAGAUAUGGUUUUAUAUUGUUUUAGUAUUACUACAGGCAAGCUAGAAAGAACAUUAACUGUCCAUGAUAAAGAUGUCAUUGGUAUAGCUCAUCAUCCUCAUCAAAAUUUAAUAUCAACUUAUUCAGAAGAUGGUUUAUUAAAAUUAUGGAAACCUUAAAUCAUUGAUCAUGUAUUAUAUCAUCGUUUACUUGUGUUAUAUCAUUGUGUACAUUGACAUUCUUUCUUCUUUUUGUACAUCUGUGAUAAAUUCAUAUUAAUUUCAUCUGAGAGAGAGUAGUAUAAAAAUAAGAAUACAUAUUUGUUCAAUUCAACACCUGUAAAGAUGACGUCUCACUAAUCACAAAAUAUUCUAUAGCUCAUAAGGACCUUCACGAUCAUCAAACACUUGGUUUUAGUGAACUUGUUGGUGCAAAUUGGUGGUAUCAGUGUUCCUUAUACCCAUAAAAAAAAAUUUGAAAACCUCUUUUCAGUCCCUUUAAGCAAUGAAUCUGUUGACAGUAUUGGCACCACAGGGGAGAUCGUUGGACAUUCUGAUAUGAACUGUUUUCACAGUGGUUAAGAUAGAUUUGCUUAGCCCUUGACUUUAAACCUGUCUUAAACUUCGGUCAAAUAUUAAUCUGAAUUUUUUUUUGGACCUAGAUUUCUGUGGACAACUGGCUGUGUCAAUUUUCCAAAGUGGUUUGGUACAAAUAGUAAACGUGACUAGGGCCUGUAGACUAGGGCCUGUAUCGUGUUAAUUACCACUUUAACGACCGAAGAGUAAAACAAAUGGUUUAUCUUUUUAUAGUGAAUAGUUUUGAAUCUUUGAAUUGCUACCAAUCUUUUCAUUAAGUAGAUGUAUAUACAAGCGUAAUCAUGUAAAAAAAAGUAUAAUAAAAUGGAAGUGUCAACUA